AUGACCGAGAUCUAUGCUUUGGCGCUUAAAAGUUGGAUGAAUCCUGCAACACUCUUCAGUCAACUGAAGGAAAUCCUGAUCAAAGAGUACCCUGGCUUUGCGAAAAAACAGGUAAUACGUGAACAUGGUUCAAUGGCAAAACGUCUGUGCAACAAAGAUCCAUUCACAGCGUUUCAUCUACCGACUUUGAUUCGAAUGUUUCCCAACGCCAAGCAUAUCCUGAUGAUUCGUGACGCCCGUGCUACAAUUCAUUCAAUGAUCGAAAGGAAUGUGCCUGUGUCUGGAUUCAAUCACAGCAAUCCGGAGGUAUACUAUGAACGACUUGUACAACGACCAUCUGAUGAAGCUCGCAGAAUUCUACACUUCCUCGAUGUGCCCUGGUCUGAUGAUGUGCUGAGUCAUCAGGACAAAAUAGGCGACGAAAUUCAUCUGAAUCCGUAA